UGCGCGCAGCAUUUUUAUCCAACCGGCUGCUUUGUGUGAGAAAGUGUGUUUGGUUUGGGUGAAAAAAAAAAAAAAAAAAAAAAAAAAGGGAAAAGAUUCGAGCUCGAAAAGCAAUAACGCGUCAGACCCUGUACUAGUUUCGUCGCUCACUGUCUGUCUCUGAUUCUUCGCGUCUUCGUACCGAUUAUAAUGAACCCUCACAAAAAAAGAUGGUAAUGUAAAUUUGUUGGAAAUUAUACAAAACAAUUUCCAGGGGAAAAUGUAGGAGAGUGCACACUCGAUGUAUGGAUCUACUAUUCCUAACUCUGAGAGCAAAUCUCAAAUAUCAAUCGGUGGUUGGUAGACCAAGGGCUUUGAGGUUCGAUUUGAUGAUAUGUUAUCGUAUGCUUUUGAUGGUGCAUUAUUCCUGACAGAAAAAAGUCCUAAAAGAUGAGUGCCUAUAGCACAUUGGAGCAUACUCUCAGGGAAAUACUGGUUACGGUUAAUCCCUUACAUGAUGAUUGGGCGACACGAUUUCGAAUCAUUAAUGAAUUACGAGGAGUUGUUGGAUCUCUGGAAGUUUUAAGAGGUGCAACUGUGGAGCCAUUUGGUUCAUUUGUGUCUAAUCUCUAUUCACGGUGGGGGGACCUGGAUAUUUCAAUUGACUUAUCCAAUGGUUCAUUUAUUUCAUCUUCUGGAAAAAAGCACAAACAGAAUUUGUUACGACAACUGCUCAAAGCCAUGAGACAGAAAGGUGGAUGGCACAGCUUGCAAUUUAUCCCCAGUGCAAGAGUGCCUAUUUUGAAAGUUGAAAGCAAUCUGCAGAACAUAUCUUGUGAUAUUUCAAUUGACAAUCUGCAAGGUCAAAUGAAGUCCAAGUUCUUGUUUUGGAUCAAUGAGCUAGAUGGACGCUUCCGUGAUAUGGUUUUGCUGGUAAAGGAAUGGGCCAAGGCACAUAAUAUCAAUAAUCCAAAAGCUGGGACUUUCAAUUCAUACUCUCUCAGUUUGCUUGUGGUGUUCCAUUUUCAGACGUGUGUACCUGCUAUUUUUCCACCUCUUCAAGAUAUAUAUCCGGGUAAUAUUGCUGAUGAUCUUACAGGUUUGAGGGCUGAUGCAGAGAAAUAUAUUGCGGAAACAUGUGCUGCAAAUAUAACCAGGUUCAGAUUAGACAAAAUGAGAGCAGUUAACCGAAGUUCUUUGUCUGAGCUUUUCAUUUCUUUCCUUGGAAAGUUUUCUGACAUUAGUUUAAAGGCCUCAAACUUGGGAAUUUGCACAUACAGGGGACAGUGGGAAUACAUUGAAAGCAACACGAGAUGGUUGCCUAAAACAUACGCAAUUUUUGUUGAGGAUCCUUUUGAGCAGCCACAGAAUACUGCAAGGGCUGUUAAUUCGAAACAAUUGUCAAGGAUAUCUGAAGCAUUUGAAUCAACCUAUCGUAGGCUUAUAUCAGUGCAUCCAAGUCGGAAUUCCCUCCUUGACACAUUAGUCCAACCGAAGACAUUGCGCUUUAUUUCUAGGGCACCUGUUAGGAACCACAGUCACAAUGCUGGUUAUGAUGAAUCAACUAAUCCACAAUGGCAAAGAUCAGAGCACUUACAAUUGCAGAACCGAAGUAGUAAUGGUGUCCGCUACCAAACAACUCGUCCCCAGUUGCCAAGGACUGGAUACUUUCAUCCACAGAACUCCAGUGACGGUGGCCGCCACCAACCAUCUCCACAGACACACACGGUAAUGAACUCAUCGUCACAAGUUCAUCCUCAAUUUCAGAAUGUGAGGCAUGAAGGCCAUUAUAACAAUGCCUCCACAAGGAAACCACCUCUUCAAACACAUUACAACCAGGGGCAGCAGCGAAGAUGGAGACCAAGAUUUGAUAAAUAAUGGUAGGUGUGAAUCACAAUUCCUACAGCUUUUUGGUGCCUGCUUCACCAGAAAGAGUGAAAUAGUAAUAUAAUAAGAUGGUUUAAUGCCCAUUAAGAAACUUAAUGCAGUGUCCUGGGCUUCUGGCAUUCUAGUAAAGAACAUGAUUGACUUCCUUUUGCUGCAUUAGAUCUUUUCCAAUACUGAAGACAAAAUUGUGUCCAGAUGGGUUUUCUAUUUUUAUUUUUUUUGGCAUGGGUAAAGGGAAGUGCAUUUUCAAUUGAAUGUUUCUAGUGGUGGAUUGUUGUUCGACUUUCCGAGGUUUUAGUUAUGAGAUAGAACCAAGUGGAGCAUGGCCAUAUUGUUGAAGAGUGAAGAUAGAUACAUACUAGUUCUUGCUUGCAUUUUGUUCCCAUUUCUGGAUCGAAUGCAAUAAUAUGUGUUCGAAUUGAAAUAUAUAUCUAUAUAUAUAUAUAUAUAUAUGUUGUGUA